CCCCUUCAACCUCCAGUGAAGGGACACCUCACCCACCCCCUCCAUCCUUAGCUUCUUCAACCCCGUUCCCGUUCCCGUUCCGUUCUUCUCUCCACCACCUUCUUCUUUUUUUCCGUUUUCUUUCGCCCUUUUUCCAAUCCAAUAUAAAUUAAAUAAAUUUCCCCAAUUUUCCCUUUUCCUUUAAAUAGAAAUCUCAAAAACAUAGAAGCUUUAACUUCCUCUCUCUCACAAACACAAACCAUGAAACUCAAUUCAGAGAUGGGUUCAUCAUCUCUGAUCCCAACAGCACUCACCUCUACCCCAUCACGUGACUCGCACGUGCACAACCACAACAAGAAGAAAAAGCCUCAUUCCAAGAACCACAAACAGAAGAACAACCGCCAAGUCAACAAAUGGAAAUCCCAAACACAACAAAACCUAUACUCCACCAAACUCCGGCAAGCCCUCGCCGGAUCCACCCUCUCGGGCGGCGGUAAGUCCAUCCGCGAAACCGCCGACAGAGUUCUUGCCAGCGCCGCAAGAGGUAGAAGCCGGUGGAGUCGCGCCAUACUCACGAACCGGCUCAAGCUGAGCUUCAUGAAGAACAAGAUAAAGAAGAAGAAGAAAAGAGUGGGACCGGUGGUCAGGUCGAGAAGAACAAGAACCCGGUUGAACGUGGUUCGAUUGAAGGUAAAGACAGUUCCGGCGGUUCAGAAGAAAGUGAGGUUGUUGGGAAGGUUGGUUCCUGGUUGCAGGAAGGAACCUCUUCCGGUGAUUCUAGAAGAAGCCAUUGAUUAUAUACCUGCUCUUGAGAUGCAGGUUCGCGCCAUGACUGCUCUCGCUAACUUGUUGUUAGCGAAUUCUUCUUCUUCUUCUUCUUCUCCUUCUUCUUCUUCUUCUUCUUCCUCUUCUUCUUCCUCCGGUCAUGCUCCUCCCACCUGAGAUUCUCAUGAUCAUCACACCCUCCCCCUUUCAGUUUGUAAUUUUUUUUAUUUAAAAAAUUAUUGGUUUAUGUCGUGUCGUGUGCGUGUGUGUUAAUAACAUGUAUGUAUGUAUGUAUAUGUCUUUUUUUUCUUACAAAAAAAUGAAGUAAAUGAUUAAUCUGAUAAUACUACUUGGCUUGAAAUUAAACAUGUUUAUAAGAAUGUU